CAUAAUUAUGUGAUGGACUACUAGAACGCCAUUUUAAACUACUUAUGACAAACAAGUAGGGUAUGUUAUUAUUGUGAAGUGAUGUUUUUGUUUGUUUUAUAAUAAUUAAGACAAGCAUGAAGCAUUUAGUAUUAAUAAAAGUUAACAUUUAACAGUCAAAAUUUGUGUGAAAUUACAUUGGGGUUGAUCAUAUCAAAUCCAUAGUAUGAAUACGUGUUGUAAGAUGUUUAUUAAAGUGAUUUAUACUAUCUUUUUAUGACUCUUUGUGUGUGAAUGCAGUUUUCAAUCUACAAAAUAUUAUUCUACAUUGCAUUUUGACAUUGUUGUUUAAUAUCAAAUUGGCUCAAAUUUACACAUUUUAAAGAGAUCAAUUCGACAAUGACUUCAAGGAGCAUACCAGCUGACAAGAUAAAUCUAAGACUGAUCCUAGUUAGUGGCAAAACCAAAGAGUUUUUAUUUAGUCCAAGCGAUUCAGCUGGGGACAUCGCACAACAUGUUUUUGAAUCAUGGCCCGAAGAUUGGGCCGAGGAAGCGGUUGCUAAAGCAGAAAUAUUACGUUUAAUUUAUCAAGGUCGAUUUCUCCAUAGUAAUGUGACGUUAGGAGCUUUAGGCUUGCCACAUGGAAAAACUACAGUUAUGCACUUAGUGCCACGUGAAAAUCUUCCUGAACCGAAUUCGCAAGAUCAACGACAAAAAAGUAAAGGUGGUAGCAGCACUUGCUGUUCCGCUUCUUGUUGCAUAUUGUAAUUUUAAUUCCGCAUUGUGCUGGCACUAUGGAGGAAAGCAAGUAUUUAUAUAUUGUUGUCCCACUUAAAAAGAAGUUCUGGAUUCCUUCCAAUAACUAAUGCUAAUCAGAAAUAUAUAGAGAAUUAUUUUUUAGCAUCAUUUUAAACAUAAAAUAAAAAUAAAAAAGAAACAAAAGAUAUUUUAUAAGUGAACGGAAUAAUGGAUACGCAGCAGCUAACAUAUAAACGCCUAUCAAAUAUUGUUGACUUGUGUAAUAAUGUGAACGAAACAAGAGACAAAACAUUAUUUAAAGUGAUUUUUAAUGCGCUCUUGUUGAAUUAUAAUAACAGUAUAAAAAAUAUAAACAUUCAGAGAACAGUUAAUAAAACUUACCGUUUUCUUACAAGUUGCUAAUUUGGAUCUUAUUGUAAAUGGAUUUCCGUAAUGUUGUGAUAUGAUUU